ACUUUUCAUUUUGGAAUAGUUUUAGGAUUUCAAAAAAUUUGCAAAGAUAAUACAGAGAAUGCCCAUACACCAUCCUCCUUAUCCCACUUCUUUUUGUGUCUAUUAGAUGCUCAGAGUGUGUGCACAAGGCUGGCAUGCCCAGGGUCUUCCUCAUGGCACUAACAGUCUACUGAAAGGUGGAACAGAGACAAGCAUAUCAACACCUACAAGACUGGUGGUAAGUGCAGUGACAGAUGCAAAACACAGGGUGAUGGAAAGCCCUCAGGAGGGUAACCUAACCUAGAUUUGAGGGCCCAAACAGGCUCCAGAUGAAAAUGUCAACUGAGAGGAAGCCUGAAGGAUGAACAGUGGGCUAAGCAAAGGGUUAUUAAUGUGUUAUUAAUGGGUUGAAUCUAACUGGGAAGGGAGAGAGGUUGCAGAGUGAGGUGCAGAGCUUGGUGGACGAUGCCAAAGGAAUACUGAAACCUUUAGUGUGUCCAGUCUGGAACUGCAUCCAAAUUCAGGUUCAGUAAUGAUGUCAUUAUCCAAACAUACCUUCUGUAAAAUUCAUGCUAAACUACCUAAGAGCUAUCUACCGUUCCAAAACAAUAGUGACUUUGAACAGUGUUCACCAGAGCACGAAAGAAUUACAAGAUUUUUUUUUUUUUUUAAGAAAAUUGGCCAGGAAAUAAUGAGUAACGAAGGACAGGAAGUAAUUGUGAAUGUUUAAUAUAGCUGGGGCUGUGCGAUUUGCCUUAAGUUGUUAGCUUUGUUUUCCUCUUGAGAAAUAAAAACUAAGGGGCCCUCCCUUUUCGGGGCCCUCCCUUUUCAGUGCCCUAUGGCGCAACAUCUGUACUUUUUCAUAUGGUUAACCGUCCAUUCCAGGAACGUCUGUGAGCCUCUCAUGUUGCAGCCACAACAUGGACAGCCCAGUCAAAUGCCCCGCAAGUCUUCCUCUGAUUGACUCCAGCAAUUAGCCAAGGCUCCUGCACCCAGGCAGGACCUCUGCGCUCUGAGCUCCAUUCUCCUUCAAGACCUCCCCAACUUCCCAGGUUGAACUACAGCAGAAGCCUUUAGAAAGGGCAGCAGGCCGGCUCUCGAGGUCCUCACCUGAAGUGAGCAUGCCAGCCACUGCAGGAACGCCCCGGGACAGGAAUGCCCAUUUGUGCAACGAACCCUGACUCCUUCCUCACCCUGACUUCUCCCCCUCCCUACCCGCGCGCAGGCCAAGUUGCUGAAUCAAUGGAGCCCUCCCCAACCCGGGCGUUCCCCAGCGAGGCUUCCUUCCCAUCCUCCUGACCACCGGGGCUUUUCGUGAGCUUGUCUCUGAUCUCGCGCAAGAGUGACACACAGGUGUUCAAAGACGCUUCUGGGGAGUGAGGGAAGCGGUUUACGAGUGACUUGGCUGGAGCCUCAGGGGCGGGCACUGGCACGGAACACACCCUGAGGCCAGCCCUGGCUGCCCAGGCGGAGCUGCCUCUUCUCCCGCGGGUUGGUGGACCCGCUCAGUACGGAGUUGGGGAGGCUCUUUCACUUCGGAGGAUUGCUCAACAACCAUGCUGGGCAUCUGGACCCUCCUACCUCUGGUUCUUAUGUCUGUUGCUAGAUUAUCGUCCAAAAGUGUUAAUGCCCAAGUGACUGACAUCAACUCCAAGGGACUGGAAUUGAGGAAGACUGUUACUACAGUUGAGACUCAGAACUUGGAAGACCUGCAUCAUGAUGGCCAAUUCUGCCAUAAGCCCUGUCCUCCAGGUGAAAGGAAAGCUAGGGACUGCACAGUCAAUGGGGAUGAACCAGACUGCGUGCCCUGCCAAGAAGGGAAGGAGUAUACAGACAAAGCCCAUUUUUCUUCCAAAUGCAGAAGAUGUAGAUUGUGUGAUGAAGGACAUGGCUUAGAAGUGGAAAUAAACUGCACCCGGACCCAGAAUACCAAGUGCAGAUGUAAACCAAACUUUUUUUGUAACUCUACUGUAUGUGAACACUGUGACCCUUGCACCAAAUGUGAACAUGGAAUCAUCAAGGAAUGCACACUCACCAGCAACACCAAGUGCAAAGAGGAAGGAUCCAGAUCUAAUUUGUGGUGGCUUUGUCUUCUUCUUUUGCCAAUUCCACUAAUUGUUUGGGUGAAGAGAAAGGAAGUACAGAAAACAUGCAGAAAGCACAGAAAGGAAAACCAAGGUUCUCAUGAAUCUCCAACCUUAAAUCCUGAAACAGUGGCAAUAAAUUUAUCUGAUGUUGACUUGAGUAAAUAUAUCACCACUAUUGCUGGAGUCAUGACACUAAGUCAAGUUAAAGGCUUCGUUCGAAAGAAUGGUGUCAAUGAAGCCAAAAUAGAUGAGAUCAAGAAUGACAAUGUCCAAGACACAGCAGAACAGAAAGUUCAACUGCUUCGUAAUUGGCAUCAACUUCAUGGAAAGAAAGAUGCAUAUGACACAUUGAUUAAAGGUCUCAGAAAAGCCAAUCUUUGUACUCUUGCAGAGAAAAUUCAGACUAUCAUCCUCAAGGACAUUACUAGUGACUCAGAAAAUUCAAACUUCAGAAGUGAAAUCCAAAGCUUGGUCUAGAGUGAAAAACAACAAAUUCAGUUCUGAGUAUAUGCAAUUAGUGUUUGAAAAGAUUCUUAAUAGCUGGCUGUAAAUACUGCUUGGUUUUUUACUGGGUACAUUUUAUCAUUUAUUAGCACUGAAGAGCCAACAUAUUUGUAGAUUUUUAAUAUCUCAUGAUUCUGCCUCCAAGGAUGUUUAAAAUCUAGUUGGGAAGACAAACUUCAUCAAGAGUAAAUGCAGUGGCAUGCUAAGUACCCAAAUAGGAGUGUAUGCAGAGGAUGAAAGAUUAAGAUUAUGCUCUGGCAUCUAACAUAUGAUUCUGUAGUAUGAAUGUAAUCAGUGUAUGUUAGUACAAAUGUCUAUCCACAGGCUAACCCCACUCCAUGAAUCAAUAGAAGAAGCUAUGACCUUUUGCUGAAAUAUCAGUUACUGAACAGGCCACUUUGCCUCUAAAUUACCUCUGAUAAUUCUAGAGAUUUUACCAUAUUUCUAAACUUUGUUUAUAACUCUGAGAAGAUCAUAUUUAUGUAAAGUAUAUGUAUUUGAAUGCAGAGUUUAAAUAAGGCUCUACCUCAAAGACCUUUGCACAGUUUAUUGGUGUCAUAUUAUACAAUAUUUCAAUUGUGAAUUUACAUAGAAAACAUUAAAUUAUAAUGUUUGACUAUUA